AUGGCCGACAAGCCGCCAUCGCCGACCGACCAAGAAGCCAAAGCUGAAAGCAACGACGAGGACAUAUUCACUCCGCGACCGGACCCGGAAGUAACCCAACCCGUCGACCCUGUGCACCAGAAGGAGCCGGCGUUCUACGUUGGUGGUAAGCGAUUCUAUGCCAAGUCCAAGGCUAUGAAGCUCGACCCUCCCGCCCGUACAAGUCCUGAUGCGCUCUCCGAUGCGUGGGACGUAUUCGUCCAGAGCUUGGUUGACGACGAAGCCUCGUGGAUGCUGACAUUUCACAGCCUCAAGAACACGUUCAUGACGUACACUGUCGAAGGCGAAAAGUUGCGCGUUCACCAACAGACCAUCGGUGAAGGCUUCCCGUGCUGCGUUUUGAGUGAGCAAAAGUGCCCGAUGUGCUACGCGGACUCGUUAAAGGCAGCCGAUCACAUUCGGAGGGGCUCGGACGGCAUGUCGGAUCGCCUGGUCCGCUACAUCAAGCAGCUGGAUCGGCGUUGGGCUCGACAUGCCCUCCGCCGGGAGGAAGAUCGUCGGAGAGUUCGUGCCCUCCAAGAAGAUAUCAUGGACGACAUCACCCUUGCUCAAGCGGAACCCGGAAAGACCGACCAGCGCAUCCGCGACAUUGAGUCCGACAUUUAUCCCAACGGCUUGGAUAGCCAUCAAGGCAAGCGCGCAUCGGACGGCGGACAGCUCAUCACCAAGGCCGCCAACAUCGGUUCCCCCACUCGCGGCUACCUCGGCGCGCCCGGUCCUUCGAACCGAACCAGCUUCGGACAGCUGCCCGUGCCAUCGAGCGUGACCAUGGGGAACAUCGACAGCAGCCACGCCGUCAUGUACGAAGCCCGCAACAAACACCUGUUCGAGGAGUUCCUGAGCGACAGCGUCAACACACGCACGGACAAGUACGGCGGCAGAAUCGACUCGACGCCGCGCGAGACCUACGGGUACGUCGUGAACAAGCUCUGCGGCUGA